AUGAGAGGAUCUUCCUAUUCCCAGAAAUCCCAGUCCCUGCAGGUGAGUGGGGCACGCAGCAGUAUGCGAGUUCAGAGCCCCUCUCCCUCCCGGUGCCGUGGAUCCUCGUACAACAACCGUGGACGCUCCGGAUAUCAGGACGGCCACGUGUCCUCGGCUGUGGAGUUGGGCACAGAGAUACACCAGGUCCAUGCCAACGAGAAGGAGGCGAUGCAGGAGCUAAACGUGAGGUUUGCAGGCUACAUCGAGAAAGUCCAGGCCCUUGAACAGAGGAACGCCCUGCUGAUGGCCGAGCUGGCUGCGCUACAGGGCCGCUUCAAGGGAGGCCCCACCGGUAUCGGAGAAGAGUACAACCUCAAGUUCAAGGAGAUGAGGGAGCUGAUCGAAGCCUUGACCAAUGAGAAGGGAGCUGCUGAUAUCGAGAGGGGAUACAUUGAGGAGGAGGUGGAGGUGUGGAGAAUGAAACUGGAAGAGGAGCUGGCACUGAAAGAGGAGGCAGAGAUGAUCCUGAGGGAAUUCCGUCAAGACGUUGACAAUGCCACUCUGCAGAAGGCUGAGCUCGAGAAGAGUGUCGAACAGCUGGUGGCCGAGAUUGAGUUCCUCAAGAAGUUGCAUGACGAGGAAGUUGCCGACCUCAUGAAGCAGAUCGAGGACUCCAAGGUGACCGCGGAAGUCGACGGUGACCGCCCCGACCUCGCCGCCUACCUCCGCAACAUGCGAGCCGAGAUCGAGACUGUGGCGGCCAAGAACGUCCAGGAAGCCGAGAAGUGGUACAAGGGCAAGUUUGAAACCCUCAAAGAAGUCGCUGGCAAGAAAGAAGAGCAGAUGAAGUCGAUGAAAGAAGAGAUCACCACCUUCCACAACCAGGUGACAGACCUCCAGAACCAGAUCGACGGGCUGAGGGCGAGAAACGCAGCCCUGGAGCAGCAGCUGGAGGACAUGGAGAUGGCCCACAUGGAUAAGGUUGGAGGCCUGGAGGGCAUCAUUGCCCAGCUGGAACACCAGCUCUGCGAGACCAAGAUGGAGAUGGGCAAGUACCUGGCCGACUACCAAGAGCUGCUGCACAUCAAGCUGAAGCUGGACGCUGAAAUCGCCGUCUACAGGAAGCUGCUGGAGGGAGAGGAGAGCAGGCUGGGGAUCUCUCUGUCACAGAGGACCACCUCAAUGUCCUGCAGUGUGGAGACUCACCAGCUGCCAGACGGUCUGCCUGAGCACCCCACGUUCUCCCCUACCACCAAGCUUGUCAACUCCCCCUACCUUCACUCCUCUGUUCCACCUACCCGCCCACCCUAUCAGCCCCCACCCUCUUUCUGCCCCUACACACUGUCAACCCCUAGCACAUUCCAUCACACCUUCCCAACCAGCCCACCCGUCAACCUCCCACCACCUCCUCCCAGUCCUGCCCGCCCCUGUCAGCCCCCCACCACCACCUCCUCCCAACCAGCCCACCCGUCAACCCCACCCCCUCAUCCCAGUCCUGCCCGCCCCUGUCAGCCCCCCACCACCACCUCCUCCCAACCAACCCACCCCUGUCAACCCCACCCCCUCCUCCCAACCAGCCCACCCCUAUCAACCCCACCACCUCCUCCCAACCAGCCCGCCCCUGUCAGCCCCCCACCACCACCUCCUCCCAAACAGCCCGCCCCUGUCAGCCCCCCACCACCUCCUCCCAACAAGCCCACCCCUGUCAACCCCACCUCCUCCUCCCAACCAGCCUGCCCCUGUCAGCCCCACCACCUCCUCCCAUCCAGCCCACCCCUGUCAGCCCCCCACCACCCCCUCCUCCCAACCAGCCCGCCCCUGUCAGCCCCCCACCACCCCCUCCUCCCAACCAGCCCGCCCCUGUCAGCCCCCCACCACCCCCUCCUCCCAACCAGCCCGCCCCUGUCAGCCCCCCACCACCCCUCCUCCCAACCAGCCCGCCCCUGUCAGCCCCCCACCACCCCCUCCUCCCAACCAGCCCGCCCCUGUCAGCCCCCCACCACCCCCUCCUCCCAACCAGCCCGCCCCUGUCAGCCCCCCACCACCCCCUCCUCCCAACCAGCCCGCCCCUGUCAGCCCCCCACCACCCCCUCCUCCCAACCAGCCCGCCCCUGUCAGCCCCCCACCACCCCCUCCUCCCAACCAGCCCGCCCCUGUCAGCCCUUGUCAUGUCACGCUGUGCUGCCGUAUGGUUAA